UACAGUUUAAAAGUCAUGUAAGAAAAUGCCUAACUGUUCUGUGUGUUUAGAUUUAGUGAGAGUAGCCACAUGUUGUGUGCCAUGUGGCCAUAUUUUUUGUUAUUCGUGUAUCCAUCGUUGGAUAUCUCGUUCACCUGAUACAAAGUGUCCACAAUGCAGAGGAACUAUACACUGUAUACAGAAAGUUAUACUGGAGGCCAAUGAAUCGGCAGAAUUAACAGAAGAAGAUUUGCAAGAUCCAUGGAGUAAUUCAGACUGGGACAACAUGCUUUUAUCAGUAUUAAAUAUUUGGAAGACAAGUCCUGUGAAGCGAGUCUGUGAUCGUGUAAAAGACCGUACCCAAAGCAAUAUCUAUGCAAGAAAUUUUAUGGAUGGAUGCAUACAAGGUUACCAACACUGUUCCCACUUAUUAGGGGAAUUUCAACGAGUAGAUGGUGAUAUAGAAGAUAAAGCAGAGUGGUUGAAGGAUAAAACUGUGUUUUACUUGGACAUUUUAAAAACAAGAGCAAUCAACCAUCCCAGAAUAGUUGACUUGAGAACUCGAUGGAGUAAUCUUAAUGAUGACAAGAAGUUCUGGUAUAGUGUAUUUUUAGUCAUAAUAUUAUUCCUGUUAGUAGCAGACGUACAGAAUGAAAAUGGACUCUUCCAGUUGGUCACAUGGCCUAUAUGCAAGACAAUGUUAACAGUUGUGUAUGAAAUUUUACGCUGUCUGUUUUAUAUUCCUGUUCGUCCAGUAUUUGGGUUGAUCAGAUGUGCCAUAGAAGUUUUAUGGAUUUUAGUAGAUAUAGUUAUCAAUACAAUUCUAUGUUUGAUGAACAUUGUUACAAUUCUGUUAUUACUUCCUGCGAACUUGAUGAACAGUUUUGGCAUCUUGAUUCCCAGUUUGGCAACAAAAGCAAAAAUGUUUCUACCAGUGGUAAUGCUACUGUAUGUCUUUGUGCCAAAUUUUCAGCUUUGGUGUCGACGAAUGUUGGUCCGACUACAGAGGAAUGAUCAGGCUCAGGAACAUUAAAAUAUGCAUUGAAAUGUAAAUAAGUGAAUAUGAUAAAAAAAACAAUUUAUUUUUAUACAUGUUUAAAAUAUAUUUGAUAAAUGGAGUAAAAUAUUGUUACUUACAUAGUUUUAGAAAAAAUGUUACAGAGAAAUUUUAAGAGGGCUUUGAACAUUGGUAACUUUAAGAUGUACAAUGUAAUAAAGAAAUGAUAUCUUACAAAGUUAGCAUAAUGUACAAAUAGAAAGACUGGAAUUAUUAGUCAAAGGCAUAAUAUAAAUUUUGUUAACUUUAAUACUUAUUGAAUGUUAUUGGGUGUUUUAAGUUUACUGAUACCUGAAAAAAACUGGUUUGCUGACAUGGUUUACAUAUCUUUAUUCAUACUCUGACAACAAAGAAUUGUGCAUUCAUACAAAUGGAACAGUUUGCUGUUUCUUGAAAUUGAAUACACAUUUUGUCCUUUUUAAAAGUCUUUGAUGAAGAUGGCAUUGGUCAUUGAACCAUUUACAAACUACAGAUUCUUUUUGUUAUUUUUUUCCUUGAAAAGGGGGGGGACAAGGAGGGGAGGGUGAAAAGAGUGUUGAAGCAUUAGCUUUUAAAAGUGUUAAGAAUUAAGAAAUACCAAGCAUCAUGGUAUUGAUCAAUAGGAAAGAAAAUCAUGUUCAUGUAUACAUGAUAGGCCAAGUACUGAAAAAUCACUUCAAUGAUCAACAUCGGAAAAAUUAUAUUUUUUUUUAAAUUCCUGACCUUGAGGAAGCACUUUGAAAAUCACAGUUGUGGGUUGAAUUAUGUUUUAUGAUGUAUCAAACCCUCAAUUUUAUGAAGCAUAUCAAUUCUUCAGCUUGAAUGAGGCAUAUCAAAGCUUCCACUUGUAUAAAUGUCUUUUCAAGUUCCAAUUUAUGUAUCUUUUAGAAAAAAAUCCAAAAGUCAUUUUAAGAUACCAUAAGAUGUAUAAAAAUAUAAACAGAAUGAAAUAAAACUCAAUUUUUAUAUAUGAUUCAUCAUAAGUACCAACAUGAUCAUACUAUGAUUAAGGUACUAUAAAAAUGUUUAUGUUUUGUUUUAUUCACCUUCUACCAAAUAGUGUUACAGUUUUACUUCUUCCUAAAUAUAGAAUGAAUAAAAAUUCAAAAAUCUUGCAAAGAAAUCUGUUCAAAGAUAACAGAGAUAUAUGUAAGGUAAAGUCUUCUGAAUCAGGCUGUUUCUCUUCAGCAAUACUGAUUUCAACAUUAUUUUUUAGAUAUCUCUGUAUAAAAUUAACAUUGAACUGACCAGAUAAAAGACAAUUGAUAAACAAAUGCCUAGUUUCUGCUGUAACUCCUUGUAUACAUGUACAAAAUGUACAUUGUUUAUUUACAAUUACUACAAAGAUGUUUUGUAAAAUAGUUGAACUUCCUAUUUGUCUAAUUUACAUACUAUGUGAGAUAAAUACAUGCAUAAUAAUAUUUGUUAGAUGUAAAAAGUUAGUUUUUUCUACAUUUUUGUACAUUGUAAAGGGUGUCAAAUUGAAAUGAUUGUUUUGUUUUAUAUGUAGCCUUGAACAUGUACAUUACAUUUCAAAUAUCAAUAUGUAAAAGUUACUGACAUAUCAUAUGACCUCAUUUACAAAUGUAAACUAUGAAACGUGGAUCUUUUCUGAUUCAGUACAAAGUAGAUAUGGCCCAAUAAUGAGGGUAAAGACCCCACAUGAUGUGACGUCAUUCAAAAGAGUGAUAUAGAUUAUUAGGGAGACAUAAUGAAUGUUGUUUCUAUUCCAGCAUUAAAACUUAGUAUUAAAUAUACUAAGAAAAUUAUGAUUUUCUAUUGAAAAUCAAUCUUAUUUGAACUCAAACACAAAGUGUUCUUUUAAAAUAUCUAAUAUAUAUGCUUGUUGAAAAACCAUUGCAUUAACCUUCAUAUGACCUAUAGUUGUUAACUUGUACAUCUCCUUGGUUUCUGGUGGAGAGUUGUCUCAUGCCACAUCUUUUCAUUUUUAUAUUCAAUCAAUGGAAUGUAUUAGCAGAUAGGCAAUACAUGGAUAAAAUAAACAUCAUUUGAUAGGUUACGUUUAAUUGCAGUUAUAUGAAAAGAUGCAUGACUAUCCAUGAAUUAAAAUGUUGUACAUACAAACUUGCAUUAUAAGCUGUCAAUCAAAACAUGCAUGAUCUCAUUUGAUACCUAUGCAGUUGAAAACAUUGUAUCAUUUAUUAAAUUUUUGUUUUUUAUGUGCCAAACAAUUUGUGUUUUACUGUAGGUUUAUAAGAAUGUGUUUGAACAAAUUUAACAUGAUAUAAGAGAACUUUGUUUUAUUAAAUAUACAUUUGAUAACUGCAAAAAAUUUAUUUCAAAUUUAUAUUUUCAUGCACAUAGUAUAGAAAGAAUAUAUAUAUACAUAAGCUUUAUGCAAUUAUCAAUAUAUACAUAUCCUAACUUACAAAAGAAUGGAAUGUAGUACAUGUAGCCCCCGGCUACACACAUCCCACUCUAUUCCUUUUUUCCCGUAGUCACUGUCAACCCUUCAUGUCGCAUAAAGUCAAAGCUCAAAAUGUUGAUGUUGAAUAGAACUGACAUAACUUAAUCAAUGUUUAAGUAUUCUGAAUUCAAAGAGUUGCAUCAUUUUUUUUUUGUGUGUGUGGGAUAGACUUAGAAGGUUACAAUGUACCUUCUGUUGUCACCCUGGAAAGAUAAAUGUUUGGAAGAUGUUUUACUUGUUUCCAUCUUCAACUUUCCCAUUAAUCAUUACAAGAUUUUUUUGAUGACCCUAAAAUAUAUUAAUGUUUACAAUGGUCAGAUAUUACAAAUUUAAGGAGUAUUUGAAGAAGGAAAGAAGCUCUUGUUACAAAUCAUGUCUAUUUACUUUUCAAACAAAUUGAUUAACAAAGUUGUGUCAAAUAUUUCAUGGCAAUUACCAUGGAAAUAAAUCCUAUAAAAUGUAAAAACAUAAGAAGGAAAAAUUCUAUAAAAUGCAUAUAAGACAUAAAUAGAAAUCUAUCUAGGACUGACAAAGUGAAUCAAUAUAUAUUACUUUUUGACAGCAAUGUUGGGCCUCAGUUACAGUCAAAUAAAACUCACUGGUGUAAAUACUUGCAGCUUUUCAUUGGUUCUUCUAUUGCAACUGACUCUCUUUUUUUAAAAGUCAGCAUAAGGGGAAACAAAUCACUCAUUCAUUGUAGGUACCAGUUUGAUUAAAAAGGACCAGUAAAACUCACUACUUAACAAAAACAGGGUUAAACUUGUUUUGUGAAUACUAUCGAAAGCUUUAUAUAUUUGUUCUGCUUCAGUAGUUAUUCAUUGACUUUUACAACACACUUGGAUAUUAUUAUAUUUGUUAAUGAAAGAAUUGAAUCAUUAUGUAGAAUUGUAUAUUAACAUGUGAUUUUGCUGUUUAAGUAUGGGCAGUUUUUGGAUUAUUAAUUUGGGCUUUGACAGGCAAAUUUACCUUAACCAUCUCAUGGUCUAAAGAUUACAAAUGUGUGGAAUGAUGUCUAGAUAUUGUAUUUAGUCCAAUAUAAUGCAUGUGGAGGAAUUUUUAAUAAUAACUUGUUCAUUGUUUGAAUUUUUUAGAAAUAUAAAUGCUUAUUACUUUAACACAGGGUUAGGGCUAUUCCAUUAAAAUGUGUGUGGGAGGGUAGGAAGGGACUUUCAAAAUAUCCCUACAACCAAGAACCAUUUUUGUCGAGCCUUCGACUGUAGUCGAAAAAGCGAGACAUAGCGAUCAAACAUUCCGUCGGUGGCGGCGGCCACAAAUAUUCACUCUGUGGUUAAAGUUUUUGAAAGUUUAAUAACUUUCUUAAACUAUCCUGGAUUUCUACCAAACUUGGACAGAAGCUUGUUUAUGAUCAUAAGAUAGUAUCCAGAAGUAAAUUUUGUAAAAAUAAAAUUCCUGUUUUUCCGUAUUUUACUUGUAAAUGGACUUAGUUUUUCUGCCGGGAAACAUUACAUUCACUCUGUGGUUAAAGUUUUUAAAAUUUUAAUAACUUUCUCAAACUAUCCUGGAUUUGUACCAAACUUGGACAGAAGCUUGUUUAUGAUCAUAAGAUAGUAUCCAGAAGUAAAUUUGUUAAACAAAUUUUUUCAUUUUUUCCGUAUUUUACUUAUAAAUGGACUUAAUUUUUCUGCCAAGAAACAAUACAUUCACUCUGUGGUUAAAGUUUUUAAAAUUUUAAAAACUUUCUUAAACUAUCCUGUAUUUGUACCAAACUUGGACAGAAGCUUGUUUAUGAUCAAAAGCUAGUAUCUAUAAGAAAAUUUUGUUAAAAUUUUGUACCUGUUUAUCCGUAUUUUACUUAUAAAUGGACUUAGUUUUUCUUCCAGUUAACAUUAAAUACAGUCUGCAGUUAAAGUUUUUAAAACAUUUAUUAGAUUCAUAAACUAUCCUGGAUUUAUACCAAACUUUGACAGAAGCUUCUUACAAUCAAAAGAUAGUACUUAUCUAAAGGAAUAUUUUUAUUGAUUUUUUUUCCUCAUUUUGUUGAGCCUUCGAUUAACAGCAAAAGUAGGCGAGACACUGGGUUCCACGGAACCCUUACAAAUUUUUUAGAUAAUUUUGCAUAAUGGUAAUAGACGCAUACUGAAAAAAGACCCAUGACCCACAUUCAAUAAUUAAACUUCCCUUCCUACCCUCCCACAUACAUUUUAAUGGAAUAGCCCUUAUUGAAAAUAAAGUAAAAAAUGCCACAGGGUUUAAGAUGAAGGUGUAUUAUUUUUUGUGAUGUACUGCUUAUUAUAGCUUUAAUAAAUGUACUUGAUUGUGUCCAGAAUUAAAUGCUACAGAAAAGACAUUCUCUCUUUUUAUCAAAUAAAUGUUACCUUUAGUUUUUAAACCCAGUAAACAAAGUGGGAGUGUAUAGUGUUUGUUUAUUUUUCUGUCUAAACUUUGUUCUGUAGUUCUCUUUAACCAUUGACUGGAUUUUCUUAAAACAUUUAGAAAAUAAUCAGUAACUUAUGGAAUUGCGAAUCUUCUGUUCUAUUUUUUAGCUGGUUGAUUUGUGGGUUGCCAAUAGCAAAACAUAGACUUAACCAUAUUUCCAUGAAAAAUGGUGGCCGGCAUUUUAUAUCUGUAACUGCUCCUAUACCUGUAACUGGAUUUUCAGAUAGGGGGCUGGAGGUAUAAUUUGUCAGCUUUGCUCAUAGCUUUUUAAGUAUAACCUUUUGUUGCAUAUUUUUGGACAACCUAUUAAAUGCUUAAAACCUGCUUAUAAAAAAGUGUCAUUUUUAAGAUGAAGACUUCCAACUUUAAUUAAUUUAUUCAGGUUCUAUUGACAUUUAAGUAACUACAUUUUACAAGUACCUAGAGAGGUAGCCUAGUUAGAUUAAAAGAGUGAAUGUUAAUAUGACAAAUAUGUAAUUUAUUAUUUUCUGCUUUUUGACAUUUUUUUAGCAAUAUGACUAUUAAUUUGUUGAUUCCAAUCCUCUGUUGUUUUUUUCUAUGCAUUUUGUAUUAACUUUAAAAUAAAAAGUUUAAAAUAAAUAA